CUCCACUUUCUUCAUAUUACUACUCCCAUUUCCUCACCUCCAUCUUCUUCUUCCCUCCCUUUCUCUCUCUCCUCGAUCCUCGGCUUGGUUUCGUCUUAGAUUCGCACCUUGUUAAAGCAUCUAUCUUCCUCCGUCACGACUUCAGGUCCUAGCCUCACAUCUUCUUUGUGUGGCGUCCUUGUCGCGUGCUGCCUCCCUUCUCUGCGACUCGACAACCAUCGCUCUAGACGGCCAUCCCGACGAUUCCGACCAUCGUUGUAUGCGUGCAAGUCAAGUAAAUAGGUCAACUUGGAUAUGAGGUAGCUUUUGGGUAUUCAUAUUGGGUUACCGACUACGCGUUACGAAUUUCUUCGAAAUUAUCUUGCGCUACGCUACAAAUAAUCAGCACGCAUCCCCUUUCGAACCACCGUUCUGUCGAUCCAAACAACUUUCUCGACCUUCGCCAUGAACGACUUCUCCGCCACCCUUUCAGGGAAGCCUAAGCUCCAGCUACUCUGGCCCGAGCACGUUAAUCUGCCAUUCCUCAACACUGUUCCUCACAGAUAUCGAAUUGGCCGUCGACGCACCAAAUCAAAAUCGAGACCUGGCAAUGAGGAGAUCACCAGUCUCAAAACCUCCUUCAACGCCUGGGAUGGUGUUCGUGAUCUUCAGAAGCAUCACUGGAGGACAUCAGAUCUCCAAUAUGCUGUCGUUGGCCUCCUAAUUCUCUUCUCCUUCUGGAUUGCUCCCCCGGCUCCUGGUGUCAAGCUCCUGGCUAUCAUUGGUAGCGUAUGGGUUCUGCUUAUGCCUGCCACCCGUCAAUUCUUUUUGCCAUCAGUGACAAUCUGGACCUGGCUCUUGUAUUUCUUUUGUAGUCGAUUUAUCCCCAAUGAGUACCGACCUCAUAUUUGGGUCCGCGUGCUACCCGCCCUCGAGAACGUCUUGUACGGUGCCAAUCUGUCGAGCAUUCUCUCCGCCCACCAACACUCGGUUCUCGACAUUCUUGCCUGGAUCCCCUACGGCCUGUGCCAUUUUGGCGCUCCUGUAGUCUGCGCCCUGCUCAUGUUCGUCUUCGCUGCCCCCGGUACCGCCCCUGUCUGGGCUCGCACCUUCGGCUGGAUGAGUAUUCUGGGUGUCACCAUCCAGCUUCUCUUCCCCUGUGCGCCACCUUGGUACGAGAUGGAGCAUGGUCUUGAACCUGCUGCCUACGGCAUGCCAGGAUCUCCUGCUGGACUCGCCCGUAUCGACGCCAUUUUUGGUAUCGACCUCUAUACGACCAAUUUCAGCACUGCACCUGUUCCUUUCGGCGCUUUCCCCUCGCUCCACGCCGCGAACGCCGUUCUCGAGGCUCUUUUCAUGUCUCACUGUUUCCCCCAAUUCCGAACUUACUUCAUCAUGUAUGCUGGAUGGGUCUGCUGGGCCACUAUGUACCUCAGCCACCAUUAUGCAAUUGAUUUGGUGGUCGGUGGCUUGAUUGCCUCUUGCUUUUUCUACGCAGCAAAGGCCCGAUGGUUACCCCGACGACAGGAGGGAAAGAUCACGCGAUGGGAAUACGAGUACGUGGAGUAUGGCGACCGCAACGCCAUUUCUGACGAGGAGUAUGGCGAGUACUUCGGUAUGGGUCUGCUUGGGCGCCCUCGCGCCGACUCCAGCGAUGGCUGGACUGUUGCCAGCUCCAGUUGCAGCUCUAGUAGCGGAACCCUAAGCCCAACUCUAUCCGAAGAAGCCCUUCCCGGAAUGCUUAUGGAUAUGGACAACAAUGGACAGCUCUGGGACGGCAACGCUCCUGCUCGAGACGUGGAGUUGAGUGAAGUUGUGGUGGUGCGGUAAUUGGCACGACUGAGUAAUAACACGGCUACCCCUGGACACUCUCAUCCCACACCGGGGAAACGAAGCGACUUGUUGGGAUUUUACGAUUUUAAUGCCCCGAACCCUUUUUAAUCUUCGACCUUAUAUUUUUUUUUGAUAACAUCUUUGGCAUUCAUCGGCACAGCGAAAUGGCGCAACACGGUGCUUUACUACGGCAGAUGCUGGAUUCUGACGCAGGGCCGUCAGGGCCAGACGGCAAACUGUAAUAAUGGGUUCGAGGGGCUGAUGUGUCCCGUUCUAAUGUAUACCCUGCGGAAGGACAAAACCGGAACUGAAUAGAGUAAUGUAUACAACCAGAGGAAGUUUAAUUCGUGUAUGGACAUGAGACGACGCCAUGCCAUGCACCGAUACGCUCGCUAGAGAGCCUGGACGACUCGAGAGGGGCAUGCUUUAUGAUAAGCCCCCCCUACUCAUGAGGAGGAGGAGAGAUGAAGGGCAAUUGGCUCACAGCCGAAUCCUGGAUGAUCCUGGAGAGCAAAAGCCAGGCGGCGCAAGGAGGUGGGCUGACUUUGGUGAAAAGGAAAAGGAAUACCAAAGAUACCAUUCGCUAGAUAUUAGCAGCUAGAAGAAUUGACAGCACGUUGUUUCUGUCACAUCCUGUUCUCAG